AUGGCAUCGAACUUGGUAUUCCAGUGUAUCGUAGAUACCCGCAACCACGACCGGGUCGUACUCAUUUUAUGUGCAAUAAUAUUAUAUGCGUCAUUCCGCUACAUUUACAAUGUGUAUUUUCAUCCUGCAGCCAGGUUUCCUGGCCCGAAGCUUGCGGCCUUCUCGAACUUGUGGUAUGCUUACCACUGGUCUACCGGGAAGUAUCCAUUUGCAGUCGCGGAAGCAUUGAAGAAAUAUGGGGACGUUGUUCGUGUAGCUCCGAAUGAGCUCGCUUUCAUCACACCCGAGGCUUUUAAUGAUAUAUACGACUCGCAUACAAGCGGUCUAGAACAUUUCCCCAAGACGAACUUCAUGGAUCUUGGGCUGGGAGAUAAUGGUCUCUCGUGGGAGAUGGACCCUGUAAAGCACCAUGCAGAUGCCAAAAAGGUUGCACCGGCAUUCAGCAUCAAGUCAUUAAAAGCUAAAGAGCCGACCAUGCAUAAGUAUACCGAUGCCUUUGUUCAAAGAAUGAGAGAGCUCGGAGGUAGAGAGGAAGGCAUCGAGCUCAAGACAUGGACAGACUGGGUAGCCAUGGACGCUUCAGCCGAUUUGGCAUACAGCCGAGAGUUACAUCACUUGCGAGACAUGAAAAGCACGCGAUUCCUUGACCAGAUGUGGAUCGUGAACUUCUUCGUUACCGCGAACCAGAUCUUUAAGAAGUUCCCUCUUCUAAGCCCGAUUAAGUUCCUUUUCGUUCCACCUUCCAUAAUUGCAAGUUACCACGAGGUUCAGAGUAUGAACCAGAAGGCACUAGAGUCGCGGAUUGAGCGCCGUGGAAACACGGAACACUUGGACCAUUUCGAACAAUUACUCCCAGCUGAUGCCCCUGAUCCCACUAAAGAGGAAAAGAAGCACAUUGAGGUGAUUACUGGGCAUCUGGUUAUCGCUGGUUACGAGCCGAUCGCGAGUCAGAUCCUUGGCACGAUCAUGUUCUCGUUGCUACGGCCAGAAAGCCUCAGGUUGCUAGUAGAAGAAAUCAGGGGUGCGUUUAAGAGCUAUGAUGAGAUCACCGCCGAUGCGGUAGCACCUCUUAAGUUCCUGCAUGCCUCCCUAAUGGAGACGUUACGUAUAACGGUCCUCUCGAGCAACGGCCAGCCACGUUUAUGCCCUGGGGCUAAGGUUGAUGGUAACUACAUCGCUAAAGGGGUCGAAGUGCAAUAUGCCGUUCUGGCAUUCACUCGCAGCCCACGCUAUUUUCACGACCCUAAUAGCUAUCGGCCGGAACGUUGGUUGCCAGAAGACCAUCCUCACUGGGAUCCAGCAUUUAAGAACGAUGCUAGGGAGGGGUACCACCCAUUUAGCCUGGGGCCGAGGUCGUGCCCUGGCAUGCCCCUUGCCUGGCGCCAAACGAGAAUCUUCAUCGCCAAGGUGCUCUGGGCUUUUGAUGUUGAGAUGUUGCCGAACCAAAAUAUUGUAUUCGAGAAGGACUUUAGGAUGUUUGGGAUGUGGGAGAAGCCUAGCUUCUGGGUGCGAUUCCAUCCGGUUCAAAGGGAUUCGUGA